AUGGUCAAGGUUAUUGGUGAGUUUUUCGGAAUUUUGAUUUUUAAAUCAGAAAACGUGGAUUUUUGCCAUGUGGCCGAAUUUCUGCAACGAAAUUCCACGUUUUUUGAGACUACACAAGCCUAGGCCUAAAAUUUGGGCCAAGCCUAAGCCUAGGCUCAUUUGAUAUCAGAAAAUGUGGAUUUUUGCCACGUGGCCGAAUUUCUGCACCGAAAUUCCACGUUUUUUGAGACCACAUAAGCCUAGGCCUAAAAUUUGGGCCAAGCCUAAGCCUAGGCUUGUUUGGUGUCACAAAAACGUGGAUUUUUGCCACGUGGCCAUAAUUUCUGCAUCGAAAUUCCACGUUUUUUGAGACUACACAAGCCUAGGCCUAAAAUUUGGGUCAAGCCUAAGCCUGGGCUCAUUUGAUAUCAGAAAACGUGGAUUUUUGCCACGUAGCCGGGAAUUCUGCACCGAAAUUUCACGUUUUUUGAGACUACACAAGCCUAGGCCUAAAAUUUGGGCCAAGCCUAAGCCUAGGCUUAUUUGAUAUCAGAAAACGUGGAUUUUUGCCACGUGGCCCGAUUUCUGCACCGAAAUUCCACGUUUUUUGAGACUACACAAGCCUAGGCCUAAAAUUUGGGCCAAGCCUAAGCCUAGGCUUGUUUGGUGUCGGAAAACGUGGAUUUUUGCCACGUGGCCGGGAUUUCUGCACCGAAAUUUCACGUUUUUUGAGACUACACAAGCCUAGGCCUAAAAUUUGGGCCAAGCCUAAGCGUAGGCUUGUUUGAUAUCAGAAAACGUGGAUUUUUGCCACGUAGCCGGGAAUUCUGCACCGAAAUUCCACGUUUUUUGAGACUACACAAGCCUAGGCCUAAAAUUUGGGCCAAGCCUAAGCCUAGGCUUGUUUGGUGUCAGAAAACGUGGAUUUUUGCCACGUGGCCGAAUUUCUGCACGGAAAUUCCACGUUUUUUGAGACUACACAAGCCUAGGCCUAAAAUUUGGGCCAAGCCUAAGCCUAGGCUUGUUUGGUGUCAGAAAACGUGGAUUUUUGCCACGUGGCCGAAAUUCCACGUUUUUUUGACAUCAAAUAAGCCUAGGCCUAAAAAGGCCUAAAAACCUGCUCAAAAAUCACCAAAUUAUUUUCCAGACGAAGCUACGAUCCGAAAAUCGCUGGAAACCAUCCCAGAAUCUGAGAAAAUCGAAAAACUCAUCCAAAAAUUAGUGGAAUCGGAAAAAGAGAACGCCGAACUCAAGACAAAAAUUCCAUUAAUCGACAAAAUUUCGAAGCAACGCGAUGUUUUGGAGAAAAAAUUGGAUAAAUCCAAUCAGAUUUUAUUGCGAACCGAAGAAUCGAAAAUGAAGUUGGAGGAAUUGUGUCGUGGAUUGCAGAAGUUGAAUCAUCAGAUUCGAGAGGAGAAUAAUGAGAAGAUCAAGAAAUUGGAGACCGAGAGAAAAGAGGCGGUUGUGCAAUUGAAGACUACGCUUAAGGUACGGGAUUUUGAUAUUAAAAAAAUUUUCUCCACAAUUUUCUGAGCAUUUUGACACCGAACACGCCCAUUUUUCUGUGCCUUGCGGAAAAUUUGCGAAAUUUUGAAGCCACGCAACCCUGGCACGGUUUUCCCGAGCAUUUUGAACUCAAAUAUGGUUAUUUUUGAAGCCACGCCCAUUUUUCUGUGCCCGGUGGAAAAUUUGCGAAAUUUUGAACCCAAACUUACUUUUUGCAACUCUGGCACGGUUUUCCUGAGCAUUUUGAACUCAAAUAUGGUUAUUUUUGAAGCCACGCCCAUUUUUCUGUGCCCGGUGGAAAAUUUGCGAAAUUUUGAACCCAAGCUUACUUUUUUGCAACCCUGGCACGGUUUUCCUGAGUAUUUUUGAAGCCACGCCCAUUUUUCUGUGCCCCGGUGGAAAAUUUGCGAAAUUUUGAACCCAAGCUUACUUUUUUGCAACCCUGGCACGGUUUUCCUGAGUAUUUUUGAAGCCACGCCCAUUUUUCUGUGCCCCGGUGGAAAAUUUACGAAAUUUUGAACCUAAGCUUACUUUUUGGCAACCCUGGCACGGUUUUCCUGAGUAUUUUGAAUCUGAAUUUGAGUAUUUUUGAAGCCACGCCCACUUUUCUGUGCCCCGGUGGAAAAUUUGCGAAAUUUUGACCCUAAGCUUGCUUUUGGCAACCCUGGCACGGUUUUCUUGAACAUUUUGAGUAUUUUCGAAGCCACGCCCAUUUUUCUGUGCCCUGUGGAAAAUUUGCGAAAUUUUGACCCUAAGCUUGCUUUUGGCAACCCUGGCACGGUUUUUCUGAGCAUUUUGAACUCAAAUAUGGUUAUUUUUGAAGCCACGCCCAUUUUUUUGCAACUCUGGCACAGUUUUUCCAGAAAUUUUUCCACCAACACUUAAAAAUUGUUUUUUUCAGGAUAUCGAAAAUUCAAUGACAGCGGGCAAAGAAAAAUCGGAUUCAUUAGCUGAAGACAAUCGAAAAUUGUCAGAAAAGUUCACGGAACUCGCAAAACAAUACGAAGAUCGUCUAAAAUGUGUGGAAGAACAAUACGAAAAAAAAGGAAAAUAUUGGGAAGAAUAUGGAAAAACGAAAGAUGUUGAGAUCAAAUUAUUGAAUGCAAAAUUGGAAGCAUCAAGUAUAACUGCACAAAAAUUGGGAUUGGAAAAAGAGGAGUUGAUUAAAUCGGUGAUUGAUGAAACUGCGAGAGUUGGUGGAGCUAUUGAGACUGAAAAACAUUUGAGAGAUCAGGUAACAUUGAAGAAAUAUUUUUUGAAAAUCUAGACACACUUUAGAAAAAUUUUAGAACUGAUUUAUGAACCAAAAAUGAUGAGAUUUUUGAAGCAUCUGAUGAAAAUUGACCCUGGAAUCCACUUUUCAGAAGUUUUUGCUGAUGUUUCGAAAAAUUCAUCAAAAAUCACUCCAGAUCUCGAUUUGUCAUCAUUUUUGGCUGGAAAACUUUGAAGCUCUAAAACUUUGAAGUUUUUCAGCCAAAAAUUAUGAAAAAUCGAGAUUUUUUGAAGCUUCUGAGAUGAUUUUUGAUAAAAAUUGACCCUGUAAUCAAAAAAAUCAGCAAAAACUUCUGAAAAAAGGAUUCCAGGGUCAAUUUUCAUCAGAAAUCACUUCAGAAGCUUCGAAAAUCCUCGAUUUGUCAUCAUUUUUGGCUGAAAAACCCGAAGAACUAAAAAUUUCAGCUCAAAAUUAGUGUUUCGAGUUUUUCAGCCAAAAAUGAUGACAAAUCGAGAUUUUUUGAAGCUUCUGAAGUGAUUUCUGAUGAAAAUUGAUCUUGGAAUCAAAAAAAUCAGCAAAAACUUCUGAAAAGUGAACUACAGGAUCAAUUUUCAUCAGAAGUCACUUCAAAACCUUCAAAAAUCUCGAUUUGUCAUUUUUUUUGGCUGAAAAAUUCGAAAAACUAAAAAUUAUGACAACUUGAGAUUUUUGAAGUUUCUAAAGUGAUUUUUGAUGAAAAUUGACCUUGGAAUCCACUUUUCAGAAGUUUUUUUCUGAUGUUUGUCUGAAAAAUGGAUUCCAGGAUCAAUUUUCAUCUUGAUUUGUCAUCAUUUUGGCUCUAAAACUUUAAAAAAACUAAUUUUGAACUAAAAAUUUUAGUUCUUAGAGUUUUUCAGCCAAAAAUUAUGAAAAAUCGAGAUUUCUGAAGCUUCUAAAGUGAUUUUUGAUGAAAAUUGACCCUGUAAUCAAAAAAAUCAGCAAAAACUUCUGAAAAGUGGAUUCUAAGGUCAAUUUUCAUCAGAAAUCACUUCAGAAGCUUCAGAAACUUCGAUUUGUCAUUAUUUUUGGCUGAAAAACCUCACCUGAAAUUCUAGAGAGAUUUUUUCAUGGAGAAAUUGUUUUUCCCCCCAAAAAAAAACUGUAACCAGACUGCAAAGAGUACUGUACCUCGAACUGCAAGGAUUACGGUAGCCUGAGGGUUACUGUAGGUCCCAAACUGCAAGGAUUACUGUAGUCAGACUGCAAGGGGUACUGUAUUUGGCAAAUUUUCAACAUUUAUCAAAUUUCAUGAAAAAUAUACCAAAAAAUCGGAAAUUUUCUGAAUUUUUCAAAAAAAAAUUGGAGAAAAUCGAGAAUUUCCAGAAAUUAAUACGUUUCAAAAUUCUUUGAACUUUUUCCAGGUCAAACAAUACGCCGAAAAAUACUCGGAAUUGAGCACUUGUCUCUCCAAAAGCAACACGGCAUUCGACAAAUUUCGCAAGGAAAUUGAUAGAGUAAGUCAGUUUCUGAAGCUGAGAUUUUGCCACGUCAUAGCUCAUAUUCAAAGUUGAGCUAACUCCUUUCUUUUAAAAAUCCCCCGUUUUUCUCCAGGUUAACGCAAAUUGCCGAAAAGUCGAGACAGAUGUUGCGCAAUGGCGCAAAAAGUAUGAUGAAGCUAAUCAGUGAGUCCUCCCCUUUCCAAGUUAUCCUAACUCUAUCAAUAUAUUUUUCCCCCGCAGAAAAGUGUUGGUGCUAACGAUGAAAAACCAGGAGUACACUGAGAAAUUUGCGACGCAGAACAAGAAAUUGGAAAAGUUGGAGAAUUUGUGUCGAGCUUUACGCGGUGGAAAUACGCCAGCAAUUCCGGCUCCGCAAGAAUAA